AUGGAAUCCGAAAUCGGUUCAGUGCCACCCGAUGGACAGCGAGGGCUCGACGAAAUGGCUGACACCCCGGAAGUGGAGAAUGAUGAGGUGGCAGAGACGCAGAAGGAAGACGCCGAUGAGAAAAAAAGGAAGGCGAAGCGCCCAAGUGCCCCCAAAUGUGAUCUCUGCAAUGAAACGCUGCAUGAGGAGGAAGAGGUGCACCAACAAUGCCAUCACGGAACGUUUCACCGCUGGUGUGACAUCCUCCUCUCCAAGAGAAAAAACGAGGUGCUCAUGUUAAACAUGUCUUCUGAGCACGUCGCCGCACUUGGCACCUUCGUGGUGGAGAGUGUCGUAGGCUUUGACAAGGGCCGGGAGGCAUUCAAAGUCAUUCAACGUGCUUCCCAACAGCUAAAUGACAUCUUCGAGUGUUUGCUGCCUGGAACGCAAGUAUUUUUGUUCGGAAGUUGCGUGGCGUCGGGCUCGUGGGAUGGCGCGGGGGAUGCCGACUUCACCGUGUUGCAGCCACAGCGACUGAGCGAAGGCGAUUGGCCUCCACCCGAUGAGGCCAAAUUCAUCUUGGGGAUUUCGAGAAAACUGUGUAUGGCCGGCUUUUUGUUUAAAGAACUGGAACCGGUUCUUCGUACGCGCGUGCCUGUUGUGAAGCGGGUGCAGGAAGUGCGGGCGCCGCUGCGUAUUCCGGUGGACGGGGACACUUACAAAAUUGUCUACUCUUACAACCAGGAGUCGGCUGCACGGGAUGUCGACGAGCUUGUCAACAGACUGCGGGCAAACGGUGCCGAGGUCAGGCGCACCCAGGCUGGCAAGUUGACGGCGUGCUUCAAAAGCGCCUCAGAGGCUCUGCACCAAUUUUCCAAAAAUGAGAGACGUGACCCGUUGAUUGUAGCCAAGGCGUGGAAGCCGUAUCAACCGCUGCCGGAGAUUUUUUCCAUUGACUUUGAUAUCAGUUGCAGACCAUUUGGGGUGCGAAACAGCUGGUUUAUGCGGCAGUACCUCUCGCAGCGCCAUGAGGUUCGUGCUGGGUGCGCCUUCUUGAAGCGAUGGAGCAAGCAGUACGGAAUUAACAACCCCGUAAAGGGCUACCUCACGUCCUAUGCCGUGAUGAAUUUGUGGCUCUGCUUUCUGCUGCACAUUGGGUUUGUGAAAUACGUUGACCCUGCGUCUGUGCCGCUCGAGCCAUGCAGCGAGUGGCUGCAAGUGCCGUACCUGCCGCUGCUCCGGGAUGACAAUGAUGUCUCAGUCGAUGCUGUGUCGCAGUGCUCGGGGCUGGAGGCGACGCGAGGAGUGCUAGGCGAUCUCGUGGCGAAGUUUUUCCGCUUCUACGUGGACUUCGAGUGGUGCGAGAAUGUUGUGACGCUGCGAAAUCCGGAUGGGCUGACGUCCUGUGCUAGCCUCGGCUGGAUUGAGGAAAAUGAGCUGAGGACGGGCAAACUGAGGGACCGCGUGUGGUACCGCAUGUGCAUAGAGGACCCGUAUGAAGACAAGCUCAAUCUUGGCCGCCACAUCUCUCCCCAUAAGUUCGCUUUCGUCCGGGCGCAAUUCGUGCGCGGCCUCGAGAUGGUGCUGCGUGGUCACCCAGAGCGUCUCUUCUUGGACGAACGGCGGCUGGCGAUGGACACACUGCCUGCACUACUGCACCGUGCUCUGUACGAGGAGGGGCUCGCGGCGAUGUCGCUGACCGAGGCGCGGGAGUUUCUCAUUUCGCGUGCGGGAGAGGCGGUGCUGGGUGGGUACGAAGUACAUCACACGCUGGGUUCACUCUGUGAUAUGAUGACGGUCAUUCGCAAGAAUAACGAGAAGGCUGGUGGAGAUGCUGGAGAAGAUGGCAACAAUAGUGCUGCUGCUGUUGUUGCUGACGCUGAGAGACCACCGUCUCCCCAUUCGUGUAUGAGCGCCACUGAUGAGCACUUGCGUACCGCAGGUGCUUUCGGCAUUCCUGCCGCCAAAGUGCCUAAAGGUGUGCGGGGCGCGUACUUCUUUGCGUGUGGCCGCGCGUUCCUCACCGCGGAGGAGCGGGCCGUCGCUCAGCAGCACGCCGCGGCCGUGCUGAGCGCCCUCGCCUCUGGCUUCUCAACGCGCGAGUCGGUGCAGGCGGCCGUGCGAUGCAAUCUCCCCACAGCACUGCGCAGCGAUGCGCUGGUGGACGCCCUCCUCGUUGAGAAGGACGGGAGCGUGUGGGCGGCGGCCGGCGUGGAGGAGGCCCCUGUGCGGGUCGUUGUGCGGAAGAAGGACGCGCCGCGGCGGUACAACAAGCGGGCCGACGUGCGGCGGGNGUGCGGCGGGCGAAGCAGAGUGGGAGCGGUACGUGUACGCAGUGCGGGAAGCCGAACACCACAGUAUGGGGGACGGACCAGCCAAGAGUGGACUCGGGCAUGUACUGCAAUGCUUGCUGGUGUAUCUACGAAAGACCGAGGUGAGGGGGUUAUGCCGUAUCACAUCUAA